AUGGAAGAAUUUUUUUUAACAAAAGAAUCCCUUGAUAUCAUUAGGAUUUCUACGGCAUUAUAUGUACGAGUAGAACAAGGUGAAUGGAGUGGCAUUCUUGAGAAGGAAGUAGAGAAUUUUGAAAAUAUCUUGGAAAGAGUUUUAGGACAAGUUCCCUCAGAAGAU